AUGUAUCUGGUGGGACUCACCGGUGGCAUCGCCUCUGGAAAGAGCAGCGUAACGGGCAUCCUCCGAAGCCUCGACGUCGAAGUGAUCGACGCCGACCGCAUCGCGCGAGACGUGGUCGAACCGGGAAAGCCGGCAUGGUUCAAGAUCCGACGCGAAUUCGGCGCCGAGGUCUUCCUCAGCAACGGUCAGCUAGACCGUCCCGCUCUCGGGCGCAUCGUGUUCAGCGACGUCACCAGGCGGAAAGUGCUGAACCGGAUCACUCAUCCCGAGAUUCACAAAGAGAUGGCAGCCCAGUGCCUGAAGUUGAUGCUCAAGGGACAUCAGUUCGUCGUCAUCGACGUGCCUUUACUCUAUGAGACCAAGACCGUGCUACGGUUCCUCCACAAGGUCAUCGUGGUGAACUGUACGCCGGAGCAGCAGCUGAUUCGGCUGAUGCUGAGGAACGGACUGAGCGCCGAGGACGCGCAGAGCCGAAUCCGAGCGCAACUGCCCCUUGAGCAGAAGUGCGCAUUGGCCGACUUCGUGAUCGACAACUCGACGGACCCGGCCCAUACCAGGAAACAGGUUGAAGACGUCGUCCGGACUCUCAGAGCAUCGAGGACUCACUGGAAAAUCCGCGCCAUCGUUUUUGUUGUCCUCACGGGAACGAUUGUAAGUGCAGCGUGGACGGUGAAACUAUUUUGGAGCUUCGCGAUGUCACGAUAGCCGCACGGGGUUGUAGAAUUUUUAAGUGUUACACGGGUCUUUUUAUUUCAAAGGAUUGGGGCAGGUGUAUCAAACACGCAUGAUGACGUUAAAUAUACUAAUAGGCGCUAGUACUAGUUGUGAAAUAUGCCAAAGACAACUGGGCCAUAUAGCAUCUCGGUUAACUUUGAAUUUUAUACAGACUCUUUGAGGUCUGUACUUUCAUUCCAUGGAGAGCCGAUAUAUAGGGUGUCUGCAAUACCAAGGCUGGAUCUAAAAUGGGCCGUAAAAAUUGGCACCUGUUAGUAGCUUAAGCUUUUCGUCAAAGGUGUAUUUCACAAGUGGGUUUUACCUUGUAAAAUUACAAAUGUAGCUGUCUUUCUGUAAAAAAAAGGGCCAGAAACUUGCCAGGGUCAAUGGUGGACGGCGAUGAAGACGACGAAGUCGAGUCGUGGGGCGUGUUUGGCGCAUGUAUUGAUACAUGGUGCUACCUCCUCAUCAAGACUGCUCGCGAUGACCAUGGUCUAUUAAAAUGAGCACAAGUUUUUUGUAAUGUACCUUUACUUUGGUUUAAAAAUAAAUGUGGACAAUGAUAGCAAAACCUGAACUAACAAAAAAGAAAAUGCGGUUACAUAACGACAGCGCUCUUGCUGCCGACAAAUUUCGUUUGACGUCGUCUGCCUUUUUUCGUUGAUCGGCUACGUUUUCCAACAGUGCUUUUGAUACCAUCUAUCAAUACGUGCAUCAAACGCGCCCCGCCACUCGACUAGGUCGUGUGCGUUGCCAUCCGCCAUUGACCCUGGCAAGAUUUUUGGCCCUAUUUUUUACAGAAAGGGAGCUAUACUCUGUGAUUUUACAAAAUAAACUCGCCUGUGAAAUUCAACUUUGACAACAAGUUUAGAAUGUUACGUGCAGGCGGCGACUUUUACAGCCCAUUUUAGAUUCAGCCUUCGUAUUUCAGACACCCUAUACAGCGCAAAAUACCGGGGGAGUGCCCACAGCACUUUCACUGAAAACUGGGUUAAUCUAGACAUGGGAACUUGUCCGGUCAAAUCGGGCACUUAAUGUAUACUUUGCAAAAUUCCCAAGUUUGGGGAAAUAGUAAUAGUGGGCGCUUGAACGAAGUAGGCACUUCCGCAGUAUUUUACGGUGUAUACCACCAAGUUAUUUUUUUCAGAUCAGGAUUGCUACAUCCCAUAUCCUAUAGCUUUUCUUUCUUUUUUUUGUGCAAAGUUUACACACGUCCAAUUAUAAACAUGUGACUUGAACUGAAAGUUUAUUCAUCUAGUCUCAUGUCUAUUAUUCUAUACUUGGCAUCAGCUAUUUAGUGCUACGUUGUCAAGGCUAAAACAUCUUCCAGAGUCCUGCAGCUCUGCACUACUACGAUAGCGUGUGGCUUCAUCUUGCAUCUCAUUCGCACUCGCUCUCAAGCAAAGGAGACAUGUUGUGGCACUGUGAAAGCUAUGCUAGCUUUGACAAUAUAGCACAAAAUAGUUGAUGCCAAGUAUAGUUAGAUAGUAUGAAGCCUGUUGAGUAAAUUUCAAAUUAUAUUUUCAUACUUUGACACAUGCUUUGGGAGCUCAGCUCUUCUUGGUGCUUGCAGACUCCGAGCUGGACUCGGAUUCCGCACUUUGCUUCAUUGACAAGCAGCUGCUGACAUUGCUUGGUGAGCUUUCUUGCAGUUUCGUAGAUAAUUGGUUCACCAACAUUGUCAGCUGAUCCAUCUGCUUUUGCUGCUGUGCAUCAAGGUGAUCCAGCUUCUUCUUCACUUCAAAAAUGUCACUGCUUUGCUGAAGAAAAAAAAAGAAAACAACAAUAUUCAACCAAAAGCAGUAAUGUAUAUUCACAA